CAACCCUCCGGGACUGGACCGACACUGGCUAGCUAACAUUAGCUAACAUCAGCUAACAUCAGCUAACAUUAGCUAACAUUAGCUUACAUGCUAAACGUUUUGGCGGUGUGAAUAAGGUGAGCGUCACUGCGGCUGUGUGCGGCUGUGCGAGGUGAAUUCGGUAAACCGGUGCUACCACCAUCGUCGUGUGUUUAAGAAGACCCGGCAGGAUCUCCUCCAGUAACCCGGAUUUCCCACUGCAUCUGCUCUCAGCAAGAUUUGUGCAAGCUCAGUCAUCUCCAGUGAACAUCAGAACACAGCAGAGACGCAAUAACAUCCAGUGCUCACGCGGCUGUGUUGAUGAGAGGUGACGAAUCAUGGGUAGCUGGAAUUCAUGAAACUGCCAAAAUGUCUUCAAUCCUAGGACUCCCUACACGAGGGUCAGAUGUAACAAUUCUCAUUACCAGGGUCCACUUGCAUCCCCUUUGUGUGCUUGUGGAGUUCUGGGGGAAAUUUAGCCAGGAGAGGACGGCAGAUUAUGAGUGCCUUGCCAAAGACAUUCAAUCUCCUGGAAACACAUUUCAAGAGUUUGAAGGAAAUCCUGGUGACCAGUGUUUGGCUCAGAUAGAUGGAUCUUGGUACAGGUCCCGCAUAGUCUCAAGAAAUGGCCCGAAAUACAGUGUGUUUCUCUUUGACAAAGGGAGGACAUGUAGCACCACCACAAGUAAGUUGGCAUGGGGUAAGAAGAAGAACUUCGACCUGCCACCCGAAGUGGAAUUUUGCCUGCUGGCUAAUGUGUUACCACUCUCGCCUGAGAACAGAUGGUCUCCAGUGGCUCUCGAAUUUCUGAAAUCUCUCUCUGGGAAGACUGUGAAGGGACAGGUGCAAGAUGUACUGGUGGCGCACAGAACAUUUCUCCUCCACAUCCCUUGCAUAUCCAAGCAAAUGUAUGAGAUGGGAAUUGCCAAGAGGCUGUCUCCAGAUCUGUUUCAGGACUUUGUCCUUAUGUCACUGCAGUCCCAGAGUGGAGCUGAAGUGUCUCCAGAGACUCAGAUCUCCAUGGCAGCAGGUGAUCGACUGCACAAGAAAGAGCUCUACAUGUACCCAGAGCUGCCAGCAGGAACUGUGGAGACCGUCAUAGUCACAGAGGUGACAAAUCCGCAGCGGAUCUUUUGCCAGCUGAAGGUCUUCUCACAAGAGUUGAAGAACCUCUCAGGGCAAAUCACACAGCGCUGUGAGGGCAGAAUGACCAACUGCAUUGUAGGUCCAGAAAUGAUUGGGUUUCCGUGCGCUGCAAGAGGAAGUGAUGGCAGGUGGUACCGCUCUGUUCUACAACAGGUAUGUCCAUCCAACAAAGUGGUGGAAGUUUUGAAUGUUGACUUUGGAACAAAACAGUUUGUUCAAGUCCAGAAUGUAAGACCACUGGCUUCAGAGUUCUUCAGGAUGCCCGUUGUGACUUACAUCUGUUCCCUCCAUGGAAUCAUUGACAAAGGGGUUGGAUGGACAACCAGCCAGAUCGACUAUCUCAGGUCCCUUCUUCUGCACAAGAUAGUGAUUGCCAAAUUUGAGUACCAAAGCAUCUCUGAGGGCGUUCACUAUGUCACGCUCUAUGGAGCUGAAAGUGCAAACAUUAACAACCUGUUUGGUUCCAAGGAGAGCGAGGGGGAAAAAACACUUGGAGAUUAUGCGAUCCGCACUACUGCAUACAGCCGCAAGCCUCCAGCUCAGCAAGAAAGCAAUCAAAGAAAGAUGAUAACUCCUGGGAAUGGUGUAGAGGAAAAAGAAGGGAAAGGAAUAGUAGCGAAGUUGCCAGCUGGAGACCUCCCUCUCAACUCCUCACAUGUGGCAGUUGUCCAGCACGUACUUGACCCAUCAGAGUUUUGGAUCCAAACACAGAACUAUGCAAAUGAGUUAGAUGAACUGAUGGAUAGUAUCUACCAUCUGUACAAAGAGUCAGUGAAUAAACAUGUGGUGAGAAAUCCAACUGUUGGGCUCUACUGUGCUGCUAAGGCAGAAGAUGGCGAGUUCUAUCGAGCAACUGUGGCUGAAGUUGCUGAAACACAAAUCAAGGUGUUCUUUGUUGAUUAUGGAAACACCGAAGUGGUUGACAGGAGUAACAUCAGGACCCUUCCUGAUGAGUUGAAAAAGCUGCCAUGUCUUUCACUGAAAUGCACCCUGGCAGGUGUCAGGCCAAAAGAUGGGAGAUGGAGUCGAAGUGCCUGUGACUUUUUCAUCAAAGCAGUCACAGAUAAAGUACUGACUGUACACGUGACGGCAAAAUAUGACGAGGGCUAUGUUGUCCAACUAACAGAUCCUAAAGCACAGGGAGAAAGAGAUCUUGGUACGCUGAUGUGUAGUUCUGGCCUUGCUGAAAGGGCUGAGACACAGAGACAACCCAAAGCCAAAAUGACCGCGCGACCUGCCAUUCUGCCACAAUUUCCUGAUGCCAGGCUCUCAGGUGUACACGUGGACAAAGGAAUGCCUUUCGAGACAACCCUAAAGACAAUUGGCCCUGCCGGCAAUGAAAAAAGAAUUCUUACAUUCAAGGAGCACAUGUUUCCCACUGGAAGUGUCCUUGAUGUCAGUGUGUCCUACAUCGAAAGUCCAAAUGACUUCUGGUGCCAACUAGUACAAAAUGCAGGGCACUUGAAAUUGCUCAUGCAUGACAUGCAGGCUCAUUACGCAGGCAGUGAGUUUCAGCCCAAUGUGGAAACAGCUUGCGUUGCUCGCCACCCUGAUAAUGGAAUGUGGUACAGGGCCAUUGUAAUCCACAAACAUGAAACACCUGAUGUGGAUGUGCUGUUUGUUGACUAUGGCCAAACGGAGACCGUCUCCCUUUACGACCUGAGGAGGAUCAGCUCACAGUUCCUUGCUCUGCAAGGCCAAGCUUUUCGAUGCAGUCUGUUAAACCCUGUUGACCCUACGUCUGCCUUAAAUGAGUGGAAUGAAGAAGCAGUAGCAAGGUUCCACAGCUUUGUGGAAACUGCGGCAUCCAACUUCGUGAUUUUGAAGUGCACCAUAUAUGCAGUCAUGUACAGUGAGCAGAAGAUUCUUUUCAACGUUGUGGAUCUAGAAACUCCCUUCGAGAGUGUCUGCACCAGUAUGGUCAAUCUAGUCAAGGGUGCACCUCCAAAGAAUGCUGCUGGGCCACCUUUCCGUCUCGACACAUACUACUACUCAACGCACAAUGUCAAAACUGGAACAGAGGAACAGGUCACAGUGACAUGUGUGAACAAUGUCAGUCAGUUCUACUGCCACCUCAAGAGGAACGCUGACGUGAUAAACGAUCUCAAGACCAAAGUAAGCAAUCUUUGUCAUCAGCUUGAGACUGUCAAGCUCCCAACAGUUUUUGGAACUUUGUGCUUCGCGAAGUACACUGAUGGGCAGUGGUAUAGGGGACAGAUCAAGGCCACAAAGCCAGCAAUUCUGGUUCACUUUGUGGAUUAUGGUGACACUAUUGAAGUGGAGGAAUCCGACUUGUUUCCAGUUCCCAGAGAGGCUAAUGACAUCAUGUCUGUGCCUGUGCAAGCAGUUGUGUGUAGUCUCUCUGAUGUACCUGUCGAUGUUCCCAGUGAGGUGAACCGCUGGUUUGAGACAAGUGCAACGGAAUGUAAAUUUCGAGCACUAGUAGUGGCCCGAGAACCUGAUGGGAAACUGCUGGUUGAGCUGUAUCAUGGAAACACUCAGAUUAAUUCAAAGAUCAAGAAGAUGUUUCAGAUCGAGAUGCACACAGAAGAGAAUGUUGUCCACCAGGGUCGGAGAGCACUUGAGGCUUCAGCAAAUCAUGCCAAAAAGACACUAAAAGUUGUCCCAAAACAAGCUGCAGAAAUGGGAAAUCACACGCAAACAAUCCACACAGAUGUCUCUGCCACAAAACCAGCACGUCAAAUGAGGAAUGGCGGCAUGAAUCUGCAGCCUGCACCAAAGCCUUUGCGCAAUGUUUGUGAAAAUGGUCAGAAGGUCAGAGCUGCUCCGUUAGAGCUCUACAUACCUCCACACCAAAGGCAGUCAUGUACAGGGACACCAAGUAAUACAGGAAAUGGUUCUGAGCCGACAGGUGCCUAUUUCAAAUCAAGAAAAAGUCUUCCCACAGAAAUUGAACAGCUCAAGUCCAAAUCACCUGACACAGAAUCUGCGAAGGAAAGCAAUGCUGAAAAAUUCCCUAAACUUGCAGACCUGCCGUCAAAUUCUAUCACAUCAGACAUGGAAGAAGAUGUUUACCUCUCGCACUGCAACAGCCCAUUGAGUUUCUAUGUGCAACUUGUCAGAGAGGAGGAUGGAAUAUUCUCCCUUGUGGAAAAACUUAAUGAUCCCAAAUCCACCCCCCAAACCAACGACGUCAAAGACGUGCAUCCAGGUGACCUUGUUCAAGCGGAGUUUGCAGAUGAUUCCUCAUGGUAUCGAGCAGUUGUAAGAGAGAUCCACGGCAAAACGAUGGCUCUUGUUGAGUUUGUUGAUUUUGGAAAUACAGCAAUGAUGCCAAUUUCCGAGAUGGGCAGACUCCAGAAGUCUUUCUUGCAGCUUCCCAUGUACAGCAUACACUGCAUUCUGAGCGAAGCUGCAGGUAUUGGAAAAGAGGAAGUGCUUGAUCCGGAAGUAGUGUCAGCUUUCAAAGAGGACAUUGGUGGUGUUGGAGAAAAGGUGCUCAUGUGCCACUUUAUCAGGCAGUUGGGAUCUGCAUGGGAAGUCCAUCUUGAAGACCGUGGUGUAAAUAUCACGUGUAAAGUACCUACUAGAUGCUCAACUGAGAAACUUGAACAAGCCAAGGAACAACCUACCCAGAACUCUGACAUCAGGAACAUGCCAGAGAACUCAGAGAGAUCGCUACUGAACUCCUGCUCUCUAUGUUACCACCAACAAGAGUUUUUAGAGGGACACAAGUUAGAGGUCUACAUCACAGCUGUAAAUAAUGCUCAGACCUUUUGGAGUCAGCCUGCAGACUCAGAAGAGCUUGAUAAGAUAACAUCAAGUGUCUCAGAAGUGGGGGAUGCAGCCGAUCGCAAACCUAUUGACCCAGGCUCUCUCUCCCCUGGAAGGCCAUGUAUUGCUCUCUUUUCAGACGAUGAUUUUUGGUACCGCGCAGAGGUCAUUGACAAAGAUGGAGAUGAGCUGUCUGUUCUCUUUGUGGACUAUGGAAACAAGUCCCAAGUCAAUGUUACAGAUGUGAGGGAAAUGCCCCCUGACCUGAUUGAUACUCCUCCACAGGCAUUUUUGUGCGAGCUUGAAGGCUUUGAUGCUUCAUGUGGAUACUGGGACAGUGGUGCAGUAGAUGAACUGUCAGCGCUUACAACAGACAAAGCGUUACAACUGACUGUCACCAAAGUAACAAGAGAAGAAGGAAAAGUCAAAUGCUUUGUGCGGAUGGAAUGUGAGGGCCAGGUGAUAAAUGAGGCACUGAAAACCUGGUGGAAGAGCUCCAUUGAGGAAAAUGAACCUGCAGAGACACCACUGCAAUGUGACUCAAUUGGGAAAGAGACUGCACUACCCGAGGAUCAACUAGAGUAUCCCGAAGGCCAAGAUAUGGAUACUGCUGAUGCCUGUAUUCACCCUAAGAGAGACCACAGUGAAAAGCAUAGCACUGGCAAGCUUGUUGACCCCCACGCAGAUAUUUUGCCAUGUGAUAGUGGCAUUGAUGAAACCAUGUUAUCUCCACUUGAUAACAAAGGUGACCAAGGUAUAUUGGACUUGAGCUAUGACAAGAGUGCGGUAGAAACCCACAAAAGCACUGAAGAAGAGGAGUUUUCAGUGAUGGACAUUAUUGGGCCGCAUGACUUAAAUUCUCCAUUGGAUGAGAACCCUAGGGAGGCCAUGGUGGAGUCAGAGAUCGCAACGACUGACUUGGAGUCUCUGCCAGGAGAGGUUCAUACCGACAGCAUGGAAAGCAGCUUUGACAUCAUUCAUUUUACUGGUCCAACUGAGGCAAAAGAUGACAGCAAGGUUACCAUUGCAAGGCAUAAUUCUCUUACCAGUAUGACAACAGUGAAAAUGGUUUCCCGUGAAGCUUUUCGUCCCAGGGAGGAGCAUAACAUUUCUGAAGACUUCAAGCAGAUAAAGACUGAAUUGACGCUGCCCUCUUGUGUUCUUCCUGCGUUUGAUACUCGUACAGAGCAGGAAAUUGCCACUGAGGAUGGUGUCCCAAAGGAGGUGCCAUGUGUUACCACACAUUAUGAGAAUGACUUGAAGACUGGACAGGAGACCAUGGCUCAUCACAAGGAUGCAUAUUCAGCCCUGCUAGCUGAUUCUGACACAGCAGCCAGUGAGCCACAGACCUGCACAGCUCCCUCUCAAGAUUUGGGUGACCGGGUUGAAGAGGCGACCUGUUCUGUUGAGGAGGAGGCAGCGACCUGUUCUGCUGAGGAGGUAGCAGACUGUUUUGUUGAGGAGGCGGCGGCGACUUGUUCUGUUGAAGAAGAGGUGACCUGUUUGGUUGAGGACGAGGCGGCGACCCGUUCCGUUGAGGAAGAGGCGACCUGUUCUUUUGAAGAGGAGGCGACCUAUUCUUUUGAAGAGGAGGCGACCUAUUCUUUUGAAGAGGACAAGACCUGUUCGUUUGAAGAGAAGGCAACCGGUUCUUUUGAAGAGGAGGCGACCUGUUCUUUUGAAGAGGUCAAGACCUGUUCGUUUGAAGAGGACAAGACUUUUUCGUUUAAAGAGGACAAGACCUGUUCGUUUGAAGAGGACAAGACCUGUUCGUUUGAAGAGGAGGCAACCGGUUCUUUUGAAGAGGAGGCGACCUGUUCUUUUGAAGAGAACAAGACCUGUUCGUUUGAAGAGGAGGCGACCGGUUCUUUUGAAGAGGAGGCGGCAGGUUGUGUCGAAGAGGAGGCAACCGGUCCUGUCGAGGAGGAGGCGACCGGUUCUAUCAAGGAGAAGACGACCGGUUCUGUCGAGGAGGAGGCAAACUGUUUUGUUGUCGAGGAGGAGGCGACCUGUUCUGUCAUCGAGGAGGAGGCGACCGGUUCUGUCGAGGAGGAGGCAAACUGUUUUGUUGUCGAGGAGGAGGCGACCUGUUCUGUCAUCGAGGAGGAGGCGACCGGUUCUGUCGAGGAGGGGGCGACCUGUUCUGUCCACGAGGAGGAAGCGACCGGUUCUGUCGUCGAAGAGGAGGCGACCUGUUUUGUCGUCGAGGAGGAGAUGACUUGUUCUUUUGAAGAGACCUGCUUGACAGAUGUCUGCAUAGAUCCAAAUGAGCCACGUGAUGACGGUGAAGUCACCAGUGCAAGAGAUGAUUGUCUCAGCAGUAUGACAGCAGAGGAAAUGGUCCAAAAUGAAUCACUGCUUCCUCGUAGGGAGCUUCCGCAACAAUUAACUGAAGCUCCCUCAGAGAAUGAAACAGGAGACCUUUCCCUACAGGAUGAGGCCAUGCAUAACAAGAAUAACUCUGUGACUGAAGACGAGAUCUCGGCUCUUCACGAAGAUGAACAUUUUGCUCUGCCAUCUGACCACGAGCCACAAGCCUUCACAGUCCCCUGUCCACAUUUGAGCGACCUGGUUGAAGAGGUGACUUGUCUUGUCAGAGAGAUCUGUCUGAGAGACGACUGCAGAGAUCCACCACGAGAAGCUGAAAGGGAGGAGAUGGAGCAGCUGGUGCAUACACCCCCCUAUCCAAACGAGGAUUUCAGCGAUGGUGUGCUUGAGAGAGAAAUGUCAUCUUCUGCUGAUGACAGCUUUGAGGCCCAGCUGUCGAGGAUAACUCAUCUCUCUCUGAUAAUCAACGAUAGUUCUGAUGAUCUUCUGCUUGUUGAGCGGCAGCCAGAGGAGUAACCACCUUCUGUUAACUUCAUUUGCCUUUUAUCAGAUCCAUUUAUUAGCUCAAAAUGCUUUAAGUUACAACUGGUUCAAGUUCAGUUCUUUUCUUUUUCUGUGUUUGUUCUCUUAAUCGCUCUCUGACAGUUUUGAUUAGUUGGAUUGACCUGGCAGCUCAUCUUUAUCCUUUGGCCCAGUGGUCUCAUUUCAUUGUUCCUAUUGAAUACCACCCUCUGGUUAGAAGUGCCUUUGUAGAGUAAUAAUAGCAUCCAUGUGCUGGCCCAGUGUUAUCUGUUCUGUUACAGAUGAUCUGUUCUGAUAAACUGCCACAUACUUCUUUAGAAAGUACUGAAUGUUUUGUUGAAAAAGCUCUAAAAAGCUGCUGUGAAUGGUUGAUGUGAAAUGCAGCAGUUUUCAAACCCGUUUUGUGUGAUUACAUGCGUUGAAGAUAUAUAUUUAUGUUAUGUUAUGGCGCAAUAAAUAUCAUUACAGAUCUA